GAGGGCCACCGUAGUAGCAGCAGCAGCAGCAGCAAGAGCAGCAGUGGGGGCGGCUGUCAGUGCUGACUGAAGGGAAGAGUGUCAAGAAGAAGCGGAGGAGGGCGGUCUCCGUCCGCAGCGGCGGCGGCGGCGACGACGACGGCUCCGGCCAUGGAGGAGCAGGCGGGGCCCGGCGUCUUCUUCAGCAACAACAACAACAACAACGCGCUGCUCCUGCCUCCGCCGCCGCCUCCGGGAGGGACAGGGCUGGAGCCGGGGGAAGCGGCGGCGGCGGCGGCGGCGGCAGCGGCAGCUGCAGGCGCUGCUUCUUCUUCCUCCUCGUCGUCGUCGUCGGCGGUCCCUGGUGCGGCCUCUGCGGCCCGGGCUCAGUACAGCGUCCCCGGCAUCCUGCAUUUCCUGCAGCACGAAUGGGGCCGCUUCGAGGCAGAGAGGGCCGAGUGGGAGGCGGAGAGGGCCGAGCUCCAGGCCCAAAUAGCCUUCCUUCAAGGGGAAAGAAAAGGUCAAGAGAAUUUGAAGAAGGAUCUAGUGCGGAGAAUAAAAAUGCUGGAAUAUGCUCUUAAACAAGAAAGAGCUAAAUACCACAAAUUAAAGUAUGGCACUGAGCUGAAUCAGGGGGACAUGAAACCUCCCAACUAUGAUUCAGAUGAAGGGAAUGAAACUGAAUUCCAGUCACAGCCAAAUAGUCAACUGAUAUGGAAACAAGGACGGCAGUUGCUCAGACAAUACCUCCAAGAGGUGGGAUACACAGACACGAUACUGGAUGUGAAGUCAAAACGGGUACGGACUUUGCUGGGUCUCUCAAGUGAUGGGCCAGAAAGGGAUAAUGACAAAAACCAAGAAUCAAUGGUGAAUGGCACAGAUGCAGAGAUUAAAGAAAAGGUGAUGAUUGGGAAACCAGAUUUGACAGAUUCUGCCUCUCUGCUAGAGACAUUUAAAUUCCUUGAAAAUGCUGCGGCAGAAUUUAGUGAUGAAGAUGAAGAUGACGAUGUUGAUGGAAGAGAGAGAACAAUCAUGGAUACUUCAACGAUUGUAAGAAAAAGGGUGGUGUCUGAUAAUAGUGAAGACAGAGAUACUGAAGAAGCACUGAAAGAGUUUGAUUUUUUGGCCACAUCUGAUGAAGGAGAUGGAGAAUCUAGAAGCUCAGGAGAUGGUACAGACUGGGAAAAGGAAGACCAGUGUCUCAUGCCUGAAGCCUGGAAUGUGGACCAGGGAGUAAUAAGCAAACUGAAGGAACAAUACAAAAAGGAGCGCAAGGGGAAAAAAGGGGUGAAGAGAAAAACUACCGAAGAUAUGUUUCAGCCUCAGUCCUAUAUAAAACAGUCAAAACAGGGAUGUGGGAAAAUGAUGGAGCAAAAUGCAGGGCCCAACAGGUCAAAACUUCAAGAUAUGCUUGCUAAUUUGAGAGAUGUUGAUGAUCUGCCUACAUUACAACCAUCUGUUGUGCCACCUACCAGACCCAGUACCUCACGGCUUAUUGAACAAGAGAUAAGCAGAACAGAUGAAGUGGAAGCUUUAACAUUCCCUCCUUCAUCUGGAAAAUCUUUCAUUAUGGGAACAGAUGAGGCCCUGGAAAAUGAGCUUGGUCUUGGAGAAUUGGCAGGACUCACAGUAGCCAAUGAAGCAGAUUCAUUGACAUACGAUAUAGCAAACAAUAAAGAUGCCCUAAGGAAGACUUGGAAUCCCAAAUUUACAUUAAGGAGCCAUUUUGAUGGAAUAAGAGGCCUGGCUUUCCAUCCGGUUGAACCAGUAUUAAUUACAGCUUCAGAAGACCAUACAUUAAAAAUGUGGAAUUUGCAGAAAACAUCUCCAGCAAAAAAGAGUGCCUCUCUUGAUGUUGAACCUAUAUAUACUUUCAGGGCACAUAACAGUCCAGUGCUUUGUGUGGUAAUGAGUAAUAGUGGAGAACAGUGUUACAGUGGGGGAACUGAUGGCUUCAUCCAGGGUUGGAAUACUACAAACCCAAAUAUAGACCCAUAUGAUUCCUAUGAUCCUUCUGUCUUAAGAGGAGCAUUUGUAGGCCACACAGAUGCAGUGUGGGGCUUGGUUUAUAGUGGAGCACACCAGCGUUUGCUUUCCUGUUCAGCAGAUGGCACUAUACGUUUAUGGAAAGCUUUGGAAAUCUCUCCAGCUCUGAACAUUUUUAAUGAUAAUCAAGAGAUGGGGAUUCCAUCUUCUGUGGACCUGGUGAGCAGUGAUCCAAACCACAUGGUAGCAUCAUUUAACAGUGGGCACACAUGUAUUUUUAAUAUGGAAACAAGACAACGUAUUCUUACCUUGGAAUCCAACAUAGAUACUACAGUUAGUUCUUCUUGCCAAAUAAACAAAGUGAUCAGCCAUCCAACUCUUCCAAUCAGUAUCACAGCCCAUGAGGACAGACACAUCAAAUUCUAUGACAAUAACACAGGGAAAUUGAUUCACUCCAUGGUAGCUCACUUGGAUGCUGUCACAAGUUUAGCUGUUGAUCCAAAUGGCUUGUACUUGAUGUCUGGCAGCCAUGACUGUUCAAUACGCUUAUGGAACCUUGAAAGCAAAACCUGCAUUCAGGAGUUCACAGCUCAUCGCAAAAAACAUGACGAAUCUAUUCAUGAUGUGGCAUUCCAUCCCACCAAAUGUUAUAUUGCCAGUGCAGGAGCAGAUGCACUUGCCAAAGUCUUUGUAUGAUGCAAUACUUCCCUUCUAGCUACCAUGUAUAUACAACAAGCUGUACAAAAGACAAAAGAGGGCAAGAAUCUUCUUUUCAUGCCCUCUAAUUCAAUGAAUGUUAGUAAUAGGUUAGGUUUUUUUGUUUCUGUUUUUCGCUGCAGGGUGCUUUUUUCUAAAUUAAAAGGGUUAUUUGGUUACAUGAGUUCAGCAAGUGCUAAGAAUUGGGAAACUCUCAAUUUCAAAUGGUUUAUAGAGGAAUUAUUUUUAUUUUUGAAGGUUACAUUUUGAAGGUGUCCAGGCCGGUCUUGGGCAAAAUGAGAUCCUCUAAACAGUAUGGGCAAUGCUGAGUAGUCAGUAUAAAAGCCAAUCGUUCGACUUCUGUAGAUUAUGGGCAGAUAAAAAAAAAUGUUUCUGUCUAUCUCUUGUGGUAUUUUAUUCACAUAAUUCCUUAAAAUAACCCCAGAGUUUUGUGAUUCAUGUAAUUGGAGUCCUGAGAGGAAUAGCAUCCCCAUGUUCAUAUUUUGGUAUUGAAAGUUUGGAUGUUAUACAAAAAAUACUAUUCGAUUCAGUCUUAGCCUCCUGGCUGUUAUGUUAGGUGUACUGAAUUUAUAAUGUUAGAUAUUUAAAAAAUAUUAAUGGAUUAAUUCCCUAAAUAAAUCAUAUAUAAAAUGCAUAAAACUGACUUUUUUUAUUCAAGCCCUUGAAAUUCUGGUUAGCAAGCGGCUGGAAUCAUAAUUAAUUCUUUAAUCUAACUUCAUAUAAUAUGGCAGAUACUUGUAUGCAAGAAUAAUGAAACUUCACAUGCUGGUACACUUUGAUCAUACUAGAGUUUAUUAAAAUACUGAAACAAUCAACUUUUCAACUAAACAAGAAAUGAUAUCUAUAUAGGAUUUAGCAGGUCUUGCUGUUGAAAUGCAACAAUAUUUAUUAGAGUAUUCAGUAACCCUCUUCCCCCACCCAGUUUCUCUUUACAAACAUUCACACAUAGCAUUAGAACUGCUUUCCUAUGGUACUUUGUCCCAUGCUGCUGGGAACUGUGUGAAUAUGAGAAUAAGUGUGUGUGAGAGAAAUUGGGUGGGAUUAAGGGAUAGUUAAUGAAUCAGGUAUGUAAGUGUGGCUGUCCUUGUUAUUCUGAGGAUGCGCAGAGAAAUUUGGGGGUUGUCCAUCCAGUACAAAAACUUGUUGUAGAAUGUUCAAAAGACUAAAUGUCUUCCAAAGUUAUAUAAUAUCUCAUGGCCCCAAAACAUUUAUCACAAAUUGUGCAAGAGGUGCAGGUGGAAGUGACUGAAGGUGAAUGAUAUUGUCUUAUAGGAAAGGUUGUCUACCCCAUCGUCUGUGACUUUAUCCUAGAGUUUUCCCAGAUAGGACAAAAAUAGUUGAAUUAAAAAAAAAGAAUUAGGAGUUCAUUAGUAACUAGAUCUUGGAUUACCUUUGCUGCUAUGGAUUUGAAGCAGAAUAGAGAAUAGUUUUCUGUGGGUUUUUUGGGCUAUGUGGCCACGUUCUAGAAGAGUUUCUUCCUGACGCAGCCACAGAUGCUGGUGAAACGUCAGGAAGAAACUCUUCUAGAAUGUGGCCACAUCGCCUGAAAAACCCACAGAAAACUAUGGAUGCCGGCCAUGAAAGCCUUCGUCUUCACAGAAUAGAGAAUCUUUAGCACAAUUUGUGCAAUAAAUGCUUAUUUUCUGUAGGCUUGAAAAUGUUGAAUUCUACCAGUUUGCAGUUUUGCAAAUGGUAGUCAUUUAGUGGCAAAACCAAAAAGGACUCCAUUAACUAAAAUAUUUAUUAUGAGUGCGUAGAGAGAUCUUGUAGCAUCUUUGAAACUAACUGAAAGAAAGAAAUUCAAAGGUGCUACAAGAUCUCUCUGUCUACUGAUUCUACAGAUUAAUACAUCUAUAUCUUUGAAUUCUACAUUUAUUAUGACAUAUGCCUUCAUGGAUCACAGUCCUCAAGUUAUGCCAUAAUAAAUGUGUUAAUCUUCAACAUGCCACAGGACUAAACUGUUGGUGGAUAUUUUCUCUCUUGCACAUACUGCUUGAUGUUCAAUAUAUUUCUUUUAAAUGUGACUAACCUUUUAUUUUUUUCAAAAAGAAUACAGUAAUAACUCAAAGGGAUUUUCCUAAUUUUGAGUCAAAGCAAAGUAUAGGACACAUUUGUCUAUAUGUGACUUCUCUAUAUGUGCCCCUGUUUUCUUGGUAUACUCAUUUUUAAAAAAUGAUACUACAGAAGUUUAUUUGGGAAAAAUACAUGAAGUUGUGUAUAUUAUGUGUGUGUACAUAUAUAUAUGUAUAUAGAUAGAUAUAGAGAAAAGUUGUAAACAGUAUGUAUUAAAUACGUCUAAGGGAAAAUUCUCUAUGGGUAAUUUUAAUGUUUUAGUAUUAAAAAUUCUCAAAACUUUGUUAAAUACAAAGAAUAAAAGGUAUGGGUAUUGUGCUCUUUGCUUAAGCAAUAUAAUACAUAGUUGCUGAUGUUCAAAUUGCUGUAAAUAAAACUAAUAUGCCAGCAUGUUUGUUUUUAAGACUCCCAUUUGAUUAAAUUAUGAAUGUAAGAAAAAUGCUAUUCAAAUGUGGAUUGGAAAUUAUUCCAUCCUGCUUAGUGAAUAUUUGAUCCGAGUGAAGUGACUUCUAAAACAGGCAAAUAGCUAGAGGCUAAGGUGCCUUUGACAAACAAAAUGUAGCCUUACUAUGAAGUUGUGGGCUCUGUAUUUGUGCUCUUCUCCAAACUCUGUGUUUGUGUCUGUCAAUCUCCUGCUUGCCUGCUAUAGAUUGCAUAGUACUGUGCACAAGUAUUGAGAUUCUUUAAGAUAUCAUCUUCAGUUAGUGAUAAGAAAUACAUUUUUUUAGUUUUGACUAACCUGUUCCAUUUACCUGUCAGUGCUGAGUUGGAACUCUUUUUGCAUUUUAUAAGCAUUUGAACCAGAUUGCCCAUACCUUUUUUAAAAAACUGAUUUUCAUUAAAGCACUUGCUUAGAGCUGACCAAGUG